AUUUCUAUUGGUUCAUUCCAUCUACUCAUAACGAAUGUUCCUCUCUUCAGUUUCUGUUGAUGUCUUCCUCUCAUCUUCUUGCCGGACUUUCAUUUCUUUGCUAACAUUCUCUUUUCCUUACACUUACUGCUCUUUUUCAGGCAAAACGAAAUUUUGAAAUAUGUCUAACAGAGCCUCCUUUGAUGUAAAUGAUUGGAAUCCUUUAAAAGAAGCUUACAAUAAUACAGAGUUCAAUAGUUAUGACUGCGGACCAGGCAAAUAUCUUACUAUGGGUGAAAGAAAACCUGAAUUUGUUGAUAUUUUUGUAAGGAAUAUGCCUCGAAAGUUUACAGAGGAUGGCUUACGAGCACUAUUUUCUAAGGCUGGCUAUGUACACAGGGUAAAAAUAUGUCCUGGUAAAAAUGGCAAGCCUCCUUAUGGUUUUGUAACAUAUGCUCAGCUCAAUGAGGCAGAAGUUGCAAUAUCAAAAUUUAACAAUUUGAAAAUAGCUGGUGAUGAGCCAUUAAAUGUUAAGCUUUCUUUCAAAGAUGAGAAGAGGAUCAAUCAACAGAAAUUGCAAGAAUCUGCAUUCUUCAAAAACGUUCACUCUAGGAUUGACUCUUCUAAUGAAAGUGAUUCUGAGGACAACUACUCAGAUUCAGAAACAAGGCCUCGUUAUUCCAGGAGUGAAAAAUCCAAUGAUAAAUAUGCACAGCAUUCAAUAUCCUCAGCAUAUUCUUCUCAUGAAAAGCAAUGUUUUUCAAAAAAUAAUUCAUCAAAAAAAAUACAAAAGACUUACUCUCAGCAACGGGAAAAGAAUGUCAGAAACUAUGGAAAUUUGGAAGUUUCUAAUGAUAUGUGGAAAUAUAAGGAUUCAGACGAAGAAUCUACAAAAUUCAAAUCUCCACCAAAGAAAAAUUUUUCCAAAUCUCCUGCCAAGUCUUUGAAUAAUUCUCAAGGUUCAGAUGGUUUUGGAAUAUUGCAGUUGAAGAACAAGUGUGUAAAUUGUGGGAGUGAAGCUACCAAAAGAUGUUCCAACUGCAAAGUACCAUAUUGUAGUAUUCGCUGUCAAACGAAGGACUGGACGAAUGGUCAUGAAAAGAGAUGUUUUAGUUUUAGUAAUAUGUCUCUCCAGGAACUUGCUGACCGGUUUGAUGUUGAUUUAAAUUUAAAUACAUCUGGAAACAAGUCAAAGUUUAAAGACAAUCAAUCCCGCCAGAACAACCAUCAAACAAGGCAUAAUUCUUCAUUGCCAAGUCAAAAAGUUAGUGGUUUUACCCCCAAAUCUGAUGCUGUAAAGCCAAAACCAAGUAAAUCCCCAAGAAAGUCAUUUUCAAAAAGGGAAUCAGAUGUAGAAAAUGCCUUUUCUGAUCAUGAAGCUGCUGAUAAAUGGUUAGGGAGUGUCCUGUCUCAUACUAAACCUGCUCGUAGUAAUAGCAAACAUGAACACACAGUGGCUGGGAAUGAUGAUUUUGAAGAAUCCUACAUUGGUUCCACUGUUUCUAAUGGAGAAAGCAAUGAAUUAGAAACUGUUGAAUUACCAUGUCGUGGCACUUGUCAGGUAUUGGUGACUUAUAUCAAUGAGUUGAACAUAUUCGUUCAGUUAAGUACAGAAAAGAACCAAAAUAUACAAAAGGAAAUUCUCUGUAAAUUAUACGAGUCAUGUAAAGAUGAGGAUUCUCCAUUAUGGAACAAGAAGUCAUUGAGAGUCGGCCAGUUGUAUGCCUGUGUGUUUAGUGAAGAUGGUGUUUGGUAUCGAGCAAUGCUUCUGGAAAUCUUGAAGUCUAACAGAGUGAAAGUGAAAUACGUAGAUUUUGGUAAUUGUGAAAUAACUACAAUUGACAAGUUGAGAGUACUUCCUCCUGAACUGAAACAAGUUCCACAACAGGCAGUGUGUUGUGUGCUGAGUCUUCCUCUUGAAGCGACUUCUAAGAAUUCUACAAAACUUGCUGCUUUCAUUGGAAAGCAUAUACUCCAAGAUUCUCAAUAUCAGCUGAAAGUAGUCAAGGAUUCAACUCCUCCAGAAGUAUUUAUAUAUGAUGCUGACGGAAACAAAAUCAAUAAAAAAAUUGUCAGCAGUUUGGAUUUGAAUACCACAGCAUUACCUAGCGAAACUACUAAAACAAGUAGUGUGAAUACUCCCCAGAUUGUGAAGUCGUCUCCUGUUAUGGCCUGUGAUGUGCCUCUUGUUUCUGAGAACCUGAAAUAUGGCAGCAAGCACAAGCUACGAGUUAUUGAUGUGAAAUCUCCUGAGGACUUUCUCGUCCAGUUUGCUGAUGAGCCAUCCAGAGCUUUUUGUCAGUUCACCAAAAUGUUGAGCAACUAUGCUGAGUCGUGCCAUCCUGCUUCAGAAAUCCCCUUCAAAGGUCAGCUAGUUUUGAUAAAAUUAGAAACACAAGAAUGGGCCCGAGCUGAAGUAUUGGACAUCAAUAAUGAUUCUUUACUGGUUUCUCUGAUAGAUUUUGGUGCAGAAAAGAUGCUACACUUGGAACAUUGUCGUUCUGCCAUGCCUUUCUGUUUGGAUUAUCCUUGUCUUUGUAUUCCAUCAAAACUUGAAAGUGUAAAUUUUUUUGGAAGAAAUGAUGACUCUUUUAAGAUGCGUCAGAAAUUCAAUCAAAUUUUAAAAUCCUUAACUAAAAGUGAAGAUUUUUCCAAAGAAUGUAUUUUAGGUCUAUACAUGGGAUGUGGAAAGAAAUGUCAGUGGAAUUUGUAUGAUUGUAAUGGAGAGGCUUCUGUCAUGGAUUUGUUGACUUCCCCAUUGAAAGUCAUGGCUUCAGAAUUGAAAGGUUGUGAAGUCAGUAUUGGUGAGGUCUUGGAUGGUUUGGCUGUCGAAAUCCUUAAUGAUUCAUUUUAUAUAAUUGUUGUCAGCGAGAAACAGAUAAGUUUCCUUGAAGAAUUCAAUACUUACUUGGAAAAGAAAGAUGACCAUAAGGGUUAUACUCCUUGUCUCAAUGAAAUGGUUGCAGCCAAGUUUUCACAGGACAACCAGUGGUAUCGUGGUCAGAUAAUCAGCACCACUGCAGAUGGCAGAUAUAAAGUCUUUUUUGUUGAUUAUGGUAACUCUGAGUAUGUUGAUAAACUACAACUGCAGCCGUUUCCUGUGCAUUUCACUCCUUAUCCUAAACAAGCCUUACACUGCUAUCUUCCUGGCGUGUGUGGUAUUAAAGACAACGAGAAAUUCAGUCAGCUCAUCUGCAACAAUGUGUGCAAAUAUAAGAUAGAAGGCUGCUCCAAAAAUGUCUAUGAAGUUGUUGUUUAUACUAGUGAUGGCAGCUGUGUUAAUGAUUGCUUUGAAGAAAGCUUGGAGAAGAAUGCUCCGAAUGACUAUUUCCCCAGAAGUCAGUCUUUAAAUAGCACUGCUACAUCAAAGUCAAACUCUGUAAAAUCUGCUAGCUCUCUUUCAAUAUCCCCGUUCAGAUCUCGUUCUCAGUCUCCUCAAAGCAUUGAAGGGCAACCAGUGGAUGCAUCGUCUCCUGCACAAAUGACCUAUCCUCCCUCUUGCCGUCGACAUCAUAGGGACUCUGCUGAACAUGAUUUUGAGAACCAGUUUUCUUCUGAGAAAACGUUGCCUGACGAUAGACAAACAAAGGAAUCCAUUAUGCUAUCUCUAAGCACCAAAACUUCAAAACAGGAAGUUUGUCAAGAAGAUAUGUUACGAGCAAACAGAGUAAAGUAUUUUGCCAAAAGCAUGGGAUGUCUACAGCUGAAGGUCAACACACAAUAUGAACUGCUGUGUAAAUGGGUUGUGGACACAGACUGCUUCUACUGUCAAAUACUUGAUGAAGUGGCUAUGGAAGCUUUGACUGAUAUGACUGAACAAUUGAAUAAGAUGUGUGAGGCUUCUCAUCUGAAUCCAGUAAUCCAGCCCGAGAUUGGAGAAGUUGUUUGUUGUAAAUAUUCAGAUGGAAAAUGGUACCGAGCUAAAGUGAUGGCAGCUUCCAAGGCAGAAUUUUCUGUAUUUUAUGUUGAUUUUGGUUGUAGUAGUAGAGUUACCCAAGACGAGAUAAUGCCUCUCACAGAUGAGUUGGCAGAAAUACCGAUAUUAGCAGCUCGAUGUUCUUUGGCGGGUGAAUCAAAAGAAAAGUGGACAAAAGAGAAGCUCCUUCAACUUCGGGAACAACCAAUCAAUGUUGAAGUGGUUGGUGAAACUCUGAAUUCUUACAGUAUUGUCUUGGAGGAGGACUUUGAGGACGAGGACGAAAGGGCAACAAAUUCUACAUCACCAUCAAAUGAAAGUGUUUCUGCCAAAGAACUAAUUCUCCAACAGAUUGAAGAAUUAAAGAAGAAGCUAGAAUCAAUGGAUUAACAAACAUUUUCCUCAACAACUCAAGAAAUAGUUUGGGUUUUUUUUUUCUUCUUUCUAUUCUCUUCCUUUCACCUGACUGAACUGAUUCUAAGAAAAUCAUUCAGUGUUUCUUUAUCAUCCUGCUGCUAUAUUUGUCAAUUUGUAGCUCAGUACAGGCUCAGGUAGUUUAUUUUCUACAAGCACAUCUAAAGUAACUAUCAAAUUUAAACUUGGUGCAAUUAUGUGAUUUAGGAUUCAUUUAAUAUCGGAAUCUUGUUGAAGCCCAACUCACGGGGCCUUCGUAACAUUGAAAUUUCUGUUCACACUAUGAUAAUUCAGUGCAGUUGUAGUGAAUGGUGGCUGAUUAUUUAGUGCAUCCACAGUUCAAAUCUGGUAUGAAUUUUGUUGACCAUAGGUAAUAUAUAUCUUUAAUAUGGUCAAGAUUUAGUGCAAUCAUACUAAACCUUACAAUUAUAAACAUGCAUGUGCAUAAAAUGCUCUUUAUUGAAUACACCAUUUUAAAAAAUUUACUAAAUAUACCAAAUAAUUCUUCAGUUAAGAUAACUUGGUUUUUGCCAUGAUUUUUCUAAGUGGCUUUAUCAAACUCUUACUGUUUUCCCUUUUUUUUAUCAAAAAAAAAAAAAAGGGAAAGCAAAUGGAAAGCUGACUCAGUUUCUCUGGCAUCACCAGCUCCACCAGCAUUUUGCUGUUUUAACGUUUGUAGUUCAAAUGUAAAAUCAUUAAUGUUAACGGCGACAAUAUUGUAUGGUUGACAAACAUUUCAUCAAUUCAAAUGUUGUCUGGCGUGAAUGUUAAACAGAGGAAUGGCACAACCAGGUCAACUUGUCUGCCUGGGUGCAUUGCAUUAUGGGAAUGAUGCUAGAGUUUGAAUAACCUAAUGUGUCAUAGGAAAUAGACUCAAACAGUUAUAUAUUUUCCUUUUGACAACUGCAUUUGGGUAUGUAAGGCUACUUGAUAUCACAAUACAGGCAUAAAUCAGCAAUCUAGUGAAGUGAGGAAAAUUAAACAAAAUUUUAAUACGAAGACCUGAUAAGAUAAUUAAAUGGUCACAUCCAGUUUCUCUCAGAUUACCAAUGUCCUGGAUAUUUUCCACAGCUUUUAGCUGUUUAUUCACUUUGUUAGGAGUUUGUAUAACUGUUAUAUUAAAGAUUGCAUAUUUAAUGAGUGGCUGUGCUGUCACCAACUCACUGUAGUUUUUGGAUAAACAUAUUGCAUAUUCCUUUAAAACAUUUGUAGAGAUAAAAAUGCCAAAAAACAGGUGAGAAGGGAAAUGCAAAAGUAGUGUCUGGCUGGAAUGGUUUUCAAAAUGCAUUCAUCAACUUUGUUUUUACUGUCCACCUGUUAAAUGUAUGACACGUACAGUAACUGGUUACAGUUAAGUCUAUAAGUGAUAGUUGAUGGGCAAAACUAAAGAUUGUUGAAAUAGUCAACAUUAUGUUUGAUGCUGCUCAUUUAUUGGGCAACAGUAAACACUAAAGAUUUCUUUUUGAAGUCAGGUUAAGGUUUGAUAUAACCCAGACACAGUUUUAAAAGUUCAGUUAGAAUAUUAAGGUCAGAUUGAGGAGUGAUUUAAAAGGUUUUGUGGUAAAAAUUUACUCUGUUCUCAUGAGACAGUCAAGUAGAAGCUGGUUUCAUUUUAAAUGUAGUUUUAUUUUCUUCAGCAAAACUUUUCUGGUGUAAUGAGAGAACUUCACUGAAUUAUUCUGCUGCCUAAAAAAGCUUUUGAUGCUCUGGGGCAUUAGCAGAUUUGUGGCUAAAACCGUUCAAUUUACACAGCAUAAUGUAUUUUAGUAACAAUUCUUUUGCAACUAAAGGAUUAUGUCCUGGGCAUGAGUUUCAAAUUUCAUCAUUGCAUCUGAUAAGUUUUCUGAUAAUUUCCAUGUUAUUCUCAGUCAUUAACACUGUCCAUUGAAAGUAAAUAAUUAAAUAUUUUUUAAUUAGGUCUUAAAGAUCAUCACAAAUAUCAGUGAUGUCACAUAAAAUGUUCAUUUUGUUUCAAUAUUACAUUGAGAUUGGAGGAUUGUAUAUUAGUGGGGUUAAUUAUUUAGUAUGAAUUGUUGGUUAGUUAUGAAUUUUUUUUUUUAUCUGUUUAAAGAGCAACUUUAGAAGAAGGUGCUUGCAAACUGGAAAGAAACUGAAUAAAGCUGACCCCAGGGCUAAUAUUAAUUUCCGGUUGAAGUUUCUUUCUAAUUCUUAGUCAGAUUUUCUAUUUUCCAAGACAGUGUUCUUCACUCUGUAUGCUGUACACUAAAACUAUCCUGGAUUCUGGUGUUUUUCUUUAUCUUAUUUUUGAUAGAAGAUAUUUCUCCAUUUACUCGAGCCAUUUUGAAAGACAUGUAUCAUGUUACUGGUUGAAAAAAAGGAAAACUUUGCUAUUUUUCUUGACAAAGAAUAGAAAGUGAUCCCCUGACAAAACAAGUUUCACGUUUUGAUCUUCAGUUGUUCUUGUCGUCUCAGUUCACAUGAACCUAACAACUUUGUUCCAAGAGAAAGUCUCGAGUUCUGUGGUAAGCAAAGUUUGCUACUUGUUUUAGACCAAGUUAACUUUGGAUCAUUAAUUUCUUGUCCCGGUGAGAAAAGUAUGAAUCCCACAAAUAUUUCAUUUCUAAAUUUAUUUGGAGGAGAGAAUUGUCCAAAACUUAGUUCUUUUAAUGUGACGAAUGCUGCAAAGGAAUUGGAAUGAUGCUGGCAGCAGCCACCACAUAGUUACAGUUGCUUGCACUGUUUAUGGAAAGUGCAGGUGUUGUAUCAAUUGCUCGUUCAUCAGUGCUUUAUCUAUGACAUUAAAAGUUUAUGCAAAAAUAUUAGAUUUUAAUCAUUCUGUUUGGAUAAGCUUCUUAAUAUGUCCAGGUGAGGCUGAAUUCCUUUUCUGCUACCUGCAGCUGAGGCAACUUGUUCUGAUAUGGAGAAAACAUCAGCCAUUGCAACCUUUCAGUGAGGUUUCUCUCAAGGUAGACUGCAGCCAUACAUUUAAACAAUAUCACUUCAUUGAACUGUAGUGUUUUUUCUAGAGCAAUAGGCCAUCACUGCAGCUGGUGUGUGUAUGUAUUGCUGAAAUCAUUCACUUUCCUUACCCAAGUCCAUUUGAAAAAAAAUUGGAUUUUGUGUCACAGAAAAUGUUUAUCAAAUUCUGAGUUACCAGUUUGCUUGUCUGCUGCUUUUUUUAUUUUUUAUUUUUUAAAAAUUGGAAUGUAGUUACAUUUUACAAUUAUCUCUAUUUUUUGCAAAAUUGAUUUUUGUCAACAGGAACAAACUGUUCAUGACUUCUUAUUCUACUUAAUGCAAAUUGUAUUUCCACUAAUAAUAAUAAUAAUAUAACAUCAGUAAUGUUAAAAGCAACCUAUCUUUUAUAAUUUCCUGAUUCCAGACAUUCUGGGGAAAGCAUUUGAGAUUUUCAUCAAUGGCUGAACUCUGGAGGUUUUUAGUGGUGCAAUGUCAGUUUUUCCUUGUCCACAAAAACCUUUUAAUUUCUGAGUGGUUUCAUUGGUGCACUGUUAGGGCCUUCUGAGGAAUUUAUUGUUAAAACACCUAAAAAUCUUCUGGCAGCAGUAAAUUAGUGCAACCACAAGGCUCUGAGCAGAUGCUUUGGUUUGGCCAGUUGACAAAGAAAAUCUUGGCUUUUCUAAAGUGAUUGAGCUGGUUCCAAGAGAUGCAAGUGUGUUUAUAAAAUUUUUUCCUAGAUGUUAUCUGGAUUACUCUACAUGCAUUACAAAAUGUCUGGAGUUCUUUCUUAUAGUUAAACAUUCACAGAGUAGUAGCAGUGAUUGGUCAAGUUAGCUGACCUUGCUAUGAAUAUUUCUCUGGUUCCUCUUUGGGGAAAAUUUUUCUUUCAUUUUCACGAAGCUGAAAAAUGGGGAGAAUUCUAACUUGCUUUUCUUUAUAGCUAUGAAAGAUCUUUUAUCUAUGUGUGUGGUGGGGGGAGAGAAUAUUUUAAACGGGACUUUUUAGAAAGGAAAAUCCUUUGAUUCUUUUGGUCCUCAUUGCUGCACAGUGACGCACAGUCAUUGUAUAUCUUGACACAAAUUUGAAUGUGGAAAAUUGCUUGCAAAAAUUAGAUUUUUGCGAGCUUUACCAAGUCCAGUUCAGCUGGAAGGUUCUAUCGAGACAUUCCCUUAAUGUUUACUGAUUUCAGAACAAUUAAACAAUUCCAAGCAUAUUUUUGAUGCCAGCAAAAAUCUGUUUUUGUUUCACUGCGAAUUGGAUGAACUUUGUCCUGGCAUGUUUAAUAAUUUAGUUAUAAAUUAUAGUUAAAUUUAUGGAACUGAUCUGGCACUUUAUUAUGAGAAAUGUUUCUGUUCAGAAAGUUUUGAAAAAUACUGAAAAUAAAUGUUUCAAAAUUGUAAGAUCAUUUAAUAUCAAAGAAAGUUGUAUCACCUCCCAGGAGAACCACAAAAACCAUGUGCUGACAAAGUCUCUCCCAUUUUACACUGUAGAGGCCUCAUCUAAGGAAGUCUAUACAUCUUAUAUAGACUUUUUCAUUUCUUGGGCAAAAUGAAGGCCACCACACAGGUAUUUUUUGAUUGAAUUGAGGCCAGGAGAACAUAACUUUAAUGUUAAGGCCCUUCAAAUCAGUUUCACUUUGUAUGCGAUAGAUUGGAGCAUUGUUGGCCCCAACAAUUCUUUCACCUUAUGGAAGCAAGGUAUCAGAAAAGACAAAUACAUGCCAGCAUUAAGCUGCGUGGAAAUGGUUUUCUAAAUGGUCUAAAAGCUGGACAAACCAUUUCCGUCACUUUGUGCAAAUCAUGCCAAACCAAUUUUUUCUCAUCUGACCACAGUCACAGACUUCCAUCUGUGUUCUGAACAAUUCAAUCUUUGCUUUUUGGAUUUUUUUCUUUUGGUCUUGAAAAUCUUAGGUUCGGUGAGUUCUUCAGUUCCCUCUACACAGCCCAUCAUGACAGUUUUAAGAAAUGUUGGAUUUUCUGUCACCUAAUUGUUGGCUGCUCUUCUAAUGACUAACUCCUUUCUUGUAGAUCUUUUGACUGCACAAAAAAAUGUUGCUAAUUGCUCUCAUAAAAUGCCUCAGUUGAGUUGCUGUUUCUUACUGACUCAACUUGUCUGAAUGACCUCAAGUUGUGAUAGUUGUUUAUCUUGUGACAUGGUUGAAAUCUCUUUAGAAAUAAAAUACAACUUUCUUUGUUUACUACAAAUAAUUAUUAAAGUGUUA